UUAAUCCGCUAGCAACACAACUUUGAGAUUGUUUGAAUACGUUCCGCGUUUUUAAGUGUGCAGGGCCGCACGUCACGCAUCAACACUGAGCCGCCGCGUCACAGUUUAUUCCUGCAAAACAAUGUGAGACGACGCGCCGCUGGAGGGCCAGCUCACUUCGCACGGGGGUUCAGACUCUGAGGCGCGUUUCACUGGAGAAAAAGUUCGCGUUUAUUGUGGCUUUUGGACGCACGGAGCUCGCCUUCCCUCGAUUUCGCGGCGCGAUUCCAUGAAAUCGUGCCGAGUGACGCUCUCCGUCGCCGCCGCUCGCCGCCUCAGCGCCGCUGGUGAUGAGGAGAAGAAAAUGGCGGCGGGAAAAGCGAGCGAACCCGAGGAGGACUCACCGCGGCUGAGCGCGCAGGAGAGCGACGCUCUGGCCCGCGUCGACAGCUCUCUGUUCGGAUACCAGCGGCUUCAUGAAGAUGGCGCCAGCAUGAAGGCCCUGCUCGUAAAGGCUGUUCGCUGCUACGAGUCUCUCAUCCUGAAAGCUGAAGGAAAAGUGGAUCCCGAGUUCUUCUGCCAGCUGGGUCAUUUCAACCUCUUACUGGAGGAGUAUCCGAAAGCAUUAUCGGCGUACCAGCGGUACUACAGUUUACAAUCAGACUACUGGAAGAAUGCUGCAUUUCUGUACGGCCUCGGGAUGCUUUACUUCCAUUACAAUGCGUUUCAGUGGGCGAUCAAGGCGUUUCAGGAGGUGCUGUACAUCGACCCUGGCUUCUCUCGCGCUAAAGAGAUUCAUCUGCGUCUCGGCCUGAUGUUCAAAGUCAACACAGACUACGAGUCCAGCUUAAAGCACUUUCAGCUGGCCCUCAUCGACUCCAAUCACUGCACUUUGUCCAAAGCGGAGAUUCAGUUUCACAUCGCGCAUUUAUACGAGAUCCAGAAGAGAUACCGUGCAGCCAAAGAGGCCUACGAGAGUCUCCUGCAGACGGAGGACUUACCUGCGCAGGUGAAGGCGGCGACCUUUCAGCAGCUGGGCUGGAUGCAUCAUACGGUCGAGCAGCUGGGAGAUAAAGCUAAUAAAGACAGCUACGCCAUCCAGUGUCUCCAGAAAUCUCUGGAAGCCGAUCCGAACUCUGGCCAGUCCUGGUAUUUCCUCGGCAGGUGCUACUCCAGUAUUGGGAAGGUCCAGGAUGCGUUCAUCUCAUACAGACAGUCCAUAGACAAAUCAGAGGCCAGCGCAGACACGUGGUGCUCGAUCGGCGUGCUGUAUCAGCAGCAGAAUCAGCCCAUGGACGCUCUGCAGGCGUAUAUCUGCGCCGUGCAGCUGGAUCACAGUCACGCCGCGGCCUGGAUGGACCUGGGCACGCUCUACGAGUCCUGCAACCAGCCGCAGGACGCCAUCAAGUGCUACGUCAACGCCACGCGCAGCAAAGCCUGCAGCAACACACCUGCACUGGCGGCCCGCAUCAGAUACCUGCAGGCUCAGUUCUGUAACCUCCAACACAAUAGUCUACAGAGUAAAAGUAAAAUGCUUCCUGGUAUUGAGGAAGCCUGGAGCCUCCCAAUCCCAGCAGAGCUAACGUCCAGACAGGGUGUCCAGAGCACAGGCCAGCAGGCGUGUAAAGCUCAGCCCGGGGCGUCAGGUGGGGCUCAUGGCUCCGGUCAGUCGCUGCCCCCCCACGUGAGUCCGCUGGAUCAGGCUGAGGAUCAGUCCAGUCCAGCCAAGAGGAAGAGGACCGCCAGCCCAGCCAAGAGUUCUACAGAGUCUUGGACCCACAGUUCAGCACAGCCACCAGCUCCCAACUGGUACCCGUCUCCUCAGAAGCUGCAGUUGCUGGAGCAGUUGCGAGUCAACCGUGCGAGUCUGAAGCCGCUUCAGCUGCAGAUGUUGGAGCAGUUGGAGGCUCAGCUGUCAGCCAUGCACCAGCAACAGAUGACGCAAAGCUCUUCUGGGCAAAUACGAGCCAGCCUCCCCAACGGCCCCUCACUGCCUGCUAACCCCGCUCCGCCGUUAGCCAACGGCCCGCAGCCCCCUUCAGUCGGCAAUAAUCACACGCCAGGAACCAGAACCAACGGAGACGUGCCUUACCUGCACCCCAACACACUACCUCACAACUGCACAAGCCCAGGAGACACAUGGAGGAGCCAGCGUCUCAACUCCGCUCAGGGGCUUCAGAAAGGUCCGGGUUCGCAUUGGGCAGGUCCUAAUGGAGACCGGACUCUCUCUUCCAGUGCUUCAGCCGACGGCGGCCCUCACAAUCAGGUUGGACUUCCCGCCACGACCCCAUCGGAGCCAGCUGUCAAUCAUCUGUCCUCUCCUUCCUCCACGUCGUCCCCCGCUUCUUCCUCCUCGCAAACGGCUACCUCAGGUGCGCCCCACGGCACCGGCCCGACCAAAGAGAGCGCCGCCCUGCAGGCCAACGGUUCUACUGCCGCCAACCACCACAGCCCCGACCGCUCCAGCGCCUCCUCGCCCGCCUCGUCCCCAUCACCCCGCUGCGCCGCGCCGGCCGCCGUUAACGGGAGCGGAGGGGGAGCGUGUUCGGAGGACUCUCGGAGCCCGCUGAAGCUGGAGCCACCGGAGCUCUGCAUCAAAGCAGCUCUCCAACCGUCUCGCUCGUCCUCCACUCCAGCGCCUCCUCGCCCGCCUCGUCCCCAUCACCCCGCUGCGCCGCGCCGGCCGCCGAAUCUUGGGAAGAACGGUCUGUCGAGCAGCAGUAUCCUGCUGAACAAGUGUCCGCCGCCGCGGCUUCCUCCUCCUCCGUCACUGCCGCUCGCUAAAGACAAACUCAACCCGCCGACGCCGAGCAUCUAUUUGGAGAAUAAAAGAGACGCAUUCUUCCCGCCGCUGCACCAGUUCUGCACCAACCCCUCCAACCCUGUCACCGUCAUCCGCGGCCUAGCUGGAGCCCUCAAACUAGGUGCGCCCCACGGCACCGGCCCGACCAAAGAGAGCGCCGCCCUGCAGGCCAACGGUUCCACUGCCGCCAACCACCACAGUCCCGACCGCUCGCCCACUUCCACCUCCGGCUCUCCGGCAGCCGCUUCCACAGACAAUCCGCAGCUCUCCGCUCUUCUCAGGAGCAAGGAGAGUCCUGCCGUGAGCUCGAGGGUGAACCACGUCCACCCAGGCACCACGCUAACGGCAUCCACCGCUUCUUCGCCCGCCUCAUCACCGCCACCCCGCUCCGCAGAGCUUAACAAGCCAGGCUCCUCUGCGCCGGGACCGCCGCCCGCCCUCACCGUUAACGGAAGUGGAGGGGGAGCGUGUUCAGAAGACUCUCAGAGCCCGCUGAAGCUGGAGCCGCCGGAGCUUUGCAUCAAAACCGCCACAGCUCUCAAACCCUCUCUCUCGUCCUCCACCGUCUCCAUUUACCCCACAUCCGCAGACGUCCUGAAAGCCUGCAGGAAUCUUGGGAAGAACGGUCUGUCGAGCAGCAGUAUCCUGCUGAACAAGUGUCCGCCGCCGCGGCUUCCUCCUCCUCCGUCACUGCCGCUCGCUAAAGACAAACUCAACCCGCCGACGCCGAGCAUCUAUUUGGAGAAUAAAAGAGACGCAUUCUUCCCGCCGCUGCACCAGUUCUGCACCAACCCCUCCAACCCUGUCACCGUCAUCCGCGGCCUAGCUGGAGCCCUCAAACUAGAUUUGGGCCUGUUCUCCACGAAGACACUAGUAGAGGCAAACCCGGAGCACCUGGUGGAGGUGCGGACGCAGCUGUGUCAGCCGGCCGAUGAGAACUGGGACGCCAGCGGUCUGAAGAAGCAGUGGCGCUGCGAGAGCAUCCGCUCCUACACCACCAUCUCCACAUACGCACAGUACCAGGCCUCGUCCUUCCAGGAGUCGCUGCGGGAAGAGAAUGAGAAGAAGGGCCAGAAGGAGCUGUCAGACUCUGAAGCGACGUCAUCAGAAACUGUUCCCAGGAGGCAGAAGGGUCCUUUCAAACAAGUCAAGUUUGGGACGAACAUUGACGUCUCCGAUGAAAAGAAGUGGAAGCUGCAGCUGCAGGAACUCAGUAAGCUGCCUGCGUUUGCGCGUGUGGUGUCUGCUGGGAACCUGCUGAGUCACGUGGGGCACAGCAUUCUGGGUAUGAACACGGUCCAGCUCUUCAUGAAAGUCCCAGGCAGCAGAACUCCAGGCCAUCAGGAGCACAAUAACUUCUGCGCCGUCAACAUCAACAUCGGGCCGGGCGACUGCGAGUGGUUUGCCGUGCCGGAGCCGUACUGGGGCGUGAUGAGCGAGUUCUGUGAGAAGAACAACAUCAACUUCCUGAAGGGCUCGUGGUGGCCGAAUCUGGAGGAUCUGUUCGAGGCUAACGUGCCGGUGUACCGCUUCAUCCAGCGGCCUGGAGAUCUGGUGUGGCUGAACACGGGGACGGUGCACUGGGGUCAGGCCAUCGGCUGGUGCAAUAACAUCUCGUGGAGCGUGGGCCCUCUGACCGCGUAUCAGUACAAGCUGGCCGUCGAACGUUACGAGUGGAACAAACUCCAGAGCGUCAAAUCUAUGGUUCCCAUGGUGCAUCUGUCCUGGAACAUGGCGAGGAACAUUAAAGUGUCCGACCACAAGCUGUUUGAGAUGAUCAAGUUCUGUCUGCUGCGGACGCUCAAGCAGUGUCAGACGAUUAAAGAGGCGCUGGUGUCUGCUGGGAAGGAGACCGUCUGGCACAGAAGAAGCCGAGAUGAGCCGGCUCAUUACUGCAGCAUCUGUGAGGUGGAGGUGUUUAACCUGCUCUUUGUGACGAGCCACAGUUACUCCAGGAAGUCCUGCGUGGUUCAGUGUCAGGAUUGCGCUCGGAAGGCCAGCAGUGAGCUCGACGGUUUCGUGGUGCUGCAGCAGUUCAGGAUGGAGGACCUCGUGCAGGUUUACGACCAGUUCUCAUUAGCUCCUGCUCUGCAUUCGUCUUCAUCUUGACAUUAAGACGCUGUACAUGUGGAGAAUAUCGCAUUACAGGAACUCUCUAAACGGACCAUUUCUGAUAUUCAGGACCGUGGCGCUCGUCUCUCGCGUGGCUGGGGACCAUCGGAGAGCACGGGACCGUCGGCUCAAGUGGCUGUGUGUGUCUAUGCAAC